GCUGUGCACCGCAGGAGGCAGCCAUCCCUGCUGGCAUGUUCUGACCCUCCCCUCUCCUGUGUUGCUCAGGCUUUCUCAAGCUCCAUGAUGGUUUCGAGGAAGGUGGUGGCUUCUCUGCUGGUGGUGUACGUGGUGGCCAUGCUGGCUGAACAGACUGAAGGCUACCUAGCCUUCUUCACUCGCAGCGACAUCGAGAGGAUGCAGGAGAAACAGAGGAACAAAGCGCAGAAGAAAUCCCUGAUGUUGCAGAAGCGAUCAGAAGGCGGAGACAUUACCGAGCUCUCUGACGUGGAGCGUGUGGACGAGGGCGGGAUCAUCAAGCUGACUGCACCUGGAGAAACUGGAAUGCGGCUCAACGCUAGGCAGCUGGAAAAAUACCAGCACAUCCUGGAGGAACUGCUAACUGAGAUGCUACUGGAUGCUCAAAAUGGUAACUGAUAUCCUCAGACCCAGAAGAGCAGGGUGAUGCUGCUUGCUGGACUACAGGUCUACGCUUUUGCAAGACUAAAUCUGUAA